ACGCAGUAACACAAGCAGCCAACAGUGAGGUCUGACAAUAAGGGGGGACUAGUUUGAGCAGAACUUGUCUAUAAUUGACGACGGGAGUCGGAUUCCACCUGUGGAGGGUUAGGAGACGCGGGACGGGAAUCUGGCGUGCGUCGGGAUGACGGAGGCGCACGGCUCGGCUUGAGAGAGGGAUUUAUUCUGGAGGGAGACAGAGGCGGCUGAAGGUGUGAAGGUCCCGGGGAUGAUGAUGGCAGCCCGGGUGACCAGGAGCGUGCAGGGCUCCAGCCCCUCCAGCCCCGGCAGGACCAGCAGGACCACGCCGGCCCGCGCCGCCGCCGUGGCCGAGCAGCUCCAGCACGAGUGCGCCACCUUACUGGAGCUGUAUAAAAAGAGGGAGAGCUUCCCUGCAGACCUGGGUGAUGGCCGCAUGGUGUCGGUCCCUCCCUCUUCCUCCCAGCUGGACUCCAGAGACGAGCUCUGGCGCCUCCACUCCGCCUUGCUGCAGUGCCGGAACUUGCUGGAGAGAGCCGUUGACAAAGAGGAGAAGGAGCUGACAGGUGGGGAGAAAGGGGAGUACAAGAAUCGGAGGACGACGGUGAAGGAAAGACUCUCCUCUCUCUUACUGAACACUGGAGAACUGCUGAAGGCUGAUGGCGCUGCCGCUUUGACCCCGAGCACGGACGGUUUGGAGUUAGAUGGCCCGGCCAAUCCGUUCGAGCUGAAGCUUUGGGUGUACCGGAUCUACAGAGAGGUGGACCACUGGACCAAGAUGGCCGUCACCACCUUGAAACAUCUGCCACCUGACGUUGGGAAGAGCCGAAUAAGGAUAGGGAAAGCUAGAGCGUUGAGAAGCGCUCGAAGAUGAGACAGAGACAGGACCAGGGCGUGUGUGUGGAUCAUGAGGAAUAAUGUGAGGGGAAAAGGAGGUCUGGAAGAAAAGAAACAAGCCCGGUUCUGGAGAUGAGAGUGGAGCAAGGUCUUCUGCCAGGGUCGAAGUUGCUGCACAUCUUUAGUGGUGGUAAAGACUUGCUAACCACAGAUCUUGAAUACUUAAUUUAGGAGAUGAAUCUAAUUGAUUGAUUUAUUUAUUGUUUAUAUUUUCAAAUGAAAUCUAACAAGUGUUCAUAGUUAAAAUGCAGUUUCUUUUGCUUUUUUUUUUUAAAGUUGAUGCCUGUACUCCGGGCUUCUUCCUCUUGAAUGUACCACUUUUGUGAUACAGCUGCAGGUGGUCAUGUGCAGCCAUCGCAUGGACACACCGCAGGCGGCCAACGGCGUGGUCGAUAAGGCACACAUGGUCAUGACGAUGCAAACAUUUGAAACUACGCGUCUGUGUUCAGUACUGCUUUUAUUCAGCUUUGCAUUUUUAUGCUUCAAACUAAGGGCUGUGCAGCGUUUGAGGUCAAACAGCUCCCUCUAGUGUCCAUACUGGGCUGUUACUUUCAUUCCUUCAUUAGUUUUAUUUAUUUAGUUUAAUUUCUUGAUUAAUCACCUUACAAUGUCAUUCAUGUUUAUUUUUUCUCAUAUUUUAUGGCCGUUUUACGAACAAUGAAAAAAACGUGGUUGUUGGGUGUAGUGGAAAUACAAUGUAAACAACAAAAGGGCUGCGAGAAUAAGUAAAAGCAGAUGCAGAUUUUAUUCACUUAAAAGCAGCUUUACCAUAUGCUCAAGCUGCACAGCCCCUCAGAUGAAGUCAGUCAGUUUAAACAAAAAGAUGUAACUGCGUUUGUUAACUAAUGCAUCGUAUCGACAAGGCAGCUGCAACAAUCACAACAGCGGCUAAUUAAAGUGAGACGUGUCAAAGAGAGAUUAAUCAGAAAUGAACCUCUUACCUUCCAGUCUAACCUGGGUCAGAGUUUUAAUUAAAUUAGUCACAGGCACUGACUGACUCAGGUUGUUUAAAAAUGUAUGAGGCCUUGGCGUAAACGAAGGAGAAGAUGGCGUGAAUGGGAUUGGUGAAGACUUGAGCGGAUGAGCAACAAGAUCCGUGAAAUGGAAGAAUAGAAAACAGUCCGAGAUGAUGGAAGGACAUCUGGAUCAACAGGAUUUUUAAUGUGAAAACACACCAAACAAAAAAAAGGGACCAUUUAAAUUAGAUUUUUCUGUUUUGUUUUUUAUCCUACAUAUUUUUUUAAAGACGUGUUUUUGUGAGUGAAAUCAGCUGUUAGUCGCUGCACUGGAAAUACGGUGUGCAUUUGCUCAGUAUUACUUUCUUGUAGUAUUCUUUACGGUGGCCUAGACCCGCCAUUGCUGAAAAUAAAAGUAACGCUGCAAACAAAAAGAAACGCUGCUGCAAAUAAAAGAAACACUGCAAAUAUAAAGAAACCCCGCUGCAAAUAAAAUAAAAAAACGACGCAAAUAAAAAAGCCACAACGGAAGUGAAUUACCGGGGACUAUUUUUGCAGAUGCACCGGUGUUGCACAUUAAAAAUUACACGUAGCGAUGUUGAACAGUAACCUUUUCACUUAUUUUCUCGUUCAUUGUUCUUCUUAUUCCUCGCUCUUCUUAUUUCUUCCUUUUCACUUACGUCCUCUUUGUCGUCUUCUUCUCCUCUCACAUAAAAACACUGGUGCAUCAGUAAAAAUAGUCCCCGGUAAUUCACUUCCAUUGUGGCUUUUUUUUUGCAUAGUUUUUUAUUUUUAUUUGCAGCAGCGUUUGUUUUUAUUUGCAGCGUUUAUUUUAUUUGCAAAGCGUUUAUUUUAUUUGCAGCGGCGUUUCUUUUUAUUUGCAGCGGCGUUUCUUUUUAUUUGCAGUGGCGUUUCUUUAAUUUUCAGCAAUGGUGGGUCUCGGCCACCGUAAUUCUUGACUUAAGGUGCAGUUUGAUCAACAAGACAUAGAAGUUCAACAGCCCGGCUUCUUUUUCUUCAUUUAUUUCUUUAUUUUUUUAUUUUACUUGCGUCGGCCCUGAAGUUUGAGCUGCAGGCUUGAUUUGUUACCCAGAAUCCCGCUGGAGGGUCUGGGUUGCAGCUCUGGCCACACAGCAGCCUGCAGAGCAAUCAAACCUGGACGUUUGCUUCAGUUUAACACAAAUACGUUAAUGUUGCAUAUCUUUUACUUUCUGUAGGUGGACGUUAUUCUGAAACAAUCUGAGAUUAACAUUUUAUUCUGCAGAUUGAUCGUUUGCUUUUAACUGUUGGAGCCUUCUCUCAUCCGUUUUUUCUAAAUAUUGAGUUCAUUUAUUUCUUCUCUCAGCUGAUAUCAACGUCGCAUUUACUCCUUAUUUCUGCAGUCAAAGUUAAUGAUAGUGAUUGAACCGAGUGGAGCGCAGUUUGGUUUCAAAUCACACGGGUCCGCUCAAAAGCCGAGUAAACUCACACCUCGUUGUUAUGGGACUUUGACAUCACACACAAGGAAUGUAGUCAAAAUGGACAUUAUGAUUCGUCUGCAUUCUGAUUGGCGGCUCAUGUACAGCACACAUGCAAAUGGAGGAAUAAAUCGAACUGCUGUGAGCCAAUCAGAUUUCAGGAUUCGACAGCGAUUUCAGAAGGGACGUAGUAAGAGUCGCCACAUGACCUUUAGGGUUUUAUGCAGCGUUAAAACCCUAAGUAACAGAUUAAACUCAUGCAACCUCUUAACCCCAUGGUCAUUAGCGCCUGUGGUUUACCUGCACCCCAACGUCAGAUUUCUUCACUUAUCCUUAACAAGAAUAUAAAAUAAAAAACCCACAUCAAAUUUGUUAGAUACAUUUUAACAAGAGUCUGAAUAAUUUCUUCAACAUGAGGAGGCACGUGUUUCAUCCUUUCUUUAGUCUCAUGCAAAGUGCAGAAAAAUACAUAUUUAUAGUAUGUUAUUUAUUCAACAGGAUCAUUACACAUACAUGCUUAUUGUAAUAUAUUUAUGUUGUUGCUACUUAUGACUUCAUUCAUUCAACAGACUUAAGAAACUCACGACUGUCUCUUCUCAGCUUGUGUAACUUAAAGUCUCAGCGUGCAUCAAUAAAUAUGAUCCGGGCUAAACAUUUGUGGCAAAGUGAGCCGCAUGCUAAGUGUCAUUGGGCCACACCUUUCUUUUUCUAAUGUAUGUUUUUAACAAAGUAUUGUGUACAUUAAGUCAGAGUUUACUGAGGCGGACAGGAACAAACGUAAACUGGUAAUGUUUAACCAGUCAUCAGUGGUGGGGGCUGUGAGCUCCGCCCUCGGAGCACCGGGUGUUCUCAACACCUUCCCUGGAACUGUUGACAGCCAGAACUGACAACUGAAGAGCAAAGAUGAUCAACGCCUUCAUCAUAAACUGUAUUUACAUGUUGUGCUUCAGUCAGAUGUUUUUCUUUUGCUUUUGAAUUGUCAUUCUCUCCGUUUUUAUUGUCGUCACAAUAAAUCAUGUCACUUUAAAGUGGCUUUUCUUGACUA